AUGGGGACUGAGAAGUACUUAGGUGCCCAGCUCAUUGGUUUUGGCAGGAGUUGGGGGCCCAAAUCUGUCUUCAGAUCCUGGCCUGAACCUCUUCGUGGCUUGGUCUCCAUCUCCCUUUGUGAAAUGCAAGGUGACAACGUCUUUAUACCCUGUAAUGGUUUGGUAAAGAAAAGCACACGAAAGCAGCGGUCAGGCACUUCACAGCAUGGAGCCACGAACAAGCUAAAGGGACACUUCCAUGUCACGCACCAUCUCCCUGCAAAUCCCGGCAUUCCCAUGGCCUUCCCUUCACGUCUCCAGCCCGGUGCUGUUGAUAUUCCCGCCGAGUGCCCUGUCCCACUCCCUCUGAACGUUGUAGGCACCGUGGGACAAACCAGGAACGGACGGCUUAAGCUGCCGAACUCGAGGAAGCCGCACGACCCACCGAAGUGCCCGUGCCCCCGGAGCCAAGCAGCAGGGAAACUCGCAGCUCCAAGCAACAGCUGGAGUAGCCUGGCUGCGCGCGGAGCCAGCACCCGGGGGACGCCGACAGGGAAGGGGAAGCAGCGGUCUGUGGUCAAACUGUGGUCCCGUUUCUGCCUGCCCCUGCGAAGCAGCAAGCAUCUAACCGUCAGAAAAGGCUACGUGCUAUUUAACAGUCAGAAGGAAACAGCGGGACGCAAAGCCAACGGGCCCGAUUUGCAGCCUUUUGACUGCGUCCAGCUGAAAGUGCCGGUCAUUCAGCAGCUGUACCACUGGGACUGCGGGCUCGCCUGCUCCAGGAUGGUGCUUCAGUACCUGAAUCAUUUGGACAACGAUGAGUUUCAGAAAGCCAUCCAGGAACUCCAGCUAACAAAGAGCAUCUGGACUAUUGACCUGGCCUACCUAAUGCGGCACUUCGGUGUUAAGCAUAAAUUUUGCACCCAGACGCUUGGAGUGGACAAGGGCUACAAAAAUCAGUCAUUUUACAGGAAGCACUUUGACACAGAAGAGAAUCGAGUGAAUCAGCUCUUUGCACAAGCCAAAGCCUGCAAGGUGCUGGUGGAGAAGUGCACAGUAACUGUUCAAGACAUCCAAAACCACCUGUCCCAAGGUCACGUAGCCAUCGUCCUAGUGAAUGCAGUCCUGCUAUUGUGCGAUCUUUGCUCAAGUCCUGUCAAAUACUGCUGCUUCCUCCCCAUCGGACAGAAGUGCUUCUGCAGGAAUCCUGACUACCAGGGCCAUUUCAUCGUGUUAUGUGGCUACAACAAAGCCUCAGGGAGUAUUUACUACAACAACCCUGCCUAUGCUGACCGAACAUGCUGCACCAGCAUCAGUAACUUUGAGGAAGCCAGGACAAGUUAUGGCACUGAUGAAGACAUUCUGUUCAUCUACACGGACAGCUGACGUCCACACCUGAUGCUUCUGGUCCUUUCCUGUGCAGCCUGCGAGCAGCUGGCUGCUUGUCUCAGGACUCCCCCUGCAGAGACCUUGCUCCUGAACUGCAGUGGGAUCUUAAACAAGGAAGGCUUUAUAGACAUUGAUAGGACUAUACUGCAAUGCUGUCUUUACCUUUUUUUUUUCCCCCCUCAUGAUGUAUCUGAUUUUGC